ACCAUUAACGGCAGGGAUCACUCAUGUACGUACUCUAUAAAAAUGACGAAGACGAAGGUUUAAAGGUCGCUUGGCGUGUCUAUUCGUCAUUGUGUGAGCGUGCGGACAAACCGACAAGUUUGAAAAGUAUCUGACUGGUAUGUAAUUGUCGCGGUGCAGAAGAGAAUCCAUUCGACUAAAGUUUAAACCCUAGCCGCUAUCCUUGCUUGCUUGUUGCGUGUACAUAGAGUAAUAGACAUAUAUACCCACCCGAGGGAGCUCUGGCUAUUUAUUGACGUGCAGACUUAGCCGCCAUCUUCAACCGGGGUUCCCUACAUAGCUUGUACGGUACUGAGGUUUGUUUAAUGAAGUAUUGCAGUACACGUGGCGGAGUCCACGGAUGGGACUUCCGGGAUGUACUCUUCUCAGGUUAUGCUCCUGAUGGUGGGAUGUUCAUGCCCGAGAGUAUUCCCACGCUGACUCCAGAAACUCUAAGAUGCUGGAGUGGACUGUCUUAUCCCAAACUGGUGGCGGAAGUAGCCUCGAUCUUCAUUCCCUCUCGGCUAAUUCCCAGAGAGGACCUGAAUGUUCUCGUGCACUCUGCUUUGUCUGGAUUUGCUGUGCCUGAUGUGAUCAGAAUUGUCCAGCUGAAUGAUGGCCUGUCAAUCCUGGAGCUCUUCCAUGGAGAUACGCUCGCCUUUAAGGACCUGGCUAUGACCUGCACAGUGCGCUUUCUGAACUACUUCCUGCAGAAGGAGAAACGCAGAGCCACUGUUCUUGUUGGUACGUCAGGUGAUACAGGUGGCUCGGCCAUCCAGAGUGCAAAAGGGCUUUGCGGGGUGGAUGUGGUGGUGGUUUACCCUCGAGGACGCAUCACCCCUGUCCAGGAGAAACAAAUGAUCACUUGCCUGGAGGAUAAUAUCCACGUCUUUGCAGCGGACGGCUCAUCAGAUGACAUCGACCAGCCUCUGCGUCAUUUAUUUGCUGAUCUGGAACUGGUGAAAUCUUAUGGCCUCAUGAGCCUAAACUCUGUGAACUGGUCUCGUAUCCUGAUCCAGCUUGCGCAUUUCAUCUAUGCGUACUUGCAGCUAAGUGGAAUGGCGCAGGAUGAGGCUCACCAACCGCUUCCCGAACUGGAGGUGGUGGUGCCCACCGGGGGAGCAGGUAACAUUGCAGCUGGCUUCAUCGUGAAGAUGAUGGGGUUGCCCCUAAAGCUGGUGGCCAUGGUGAAUGCCAAUGACAUUGUUCACAGGACAGUAACUUCCGGUGACUUCACCAUGGCACGUAAUGUCACGCGGACACUGGCUCCUGCCAUUGACAUCCAGGACCCUUAUAACAUGGAGCGAGUCUUUUGGCUGCUUCUGGAAAGAGACUGUGCUGCGGUGAAGAACAUCAUGGAGGAGUUUCAACAGUUACAUCGUUACACUCUGCUUGAAAAACACCACAAACUGUUGUCUCGUACGCUGUCAAGUGGAACAGUGAAUGAUGAAGGCAUCAUAGCGAUAAUGAGGCGAUGUUGGGAGGAAAACCAAUAUGUGCUGUGCCCUCACACUGCGGUGGCCGUAUGGCAUCACUUCCACUGUCCCCAUGAUCCUGCUGUGAAAAGGUGUUACUUUGCCACAGCAUCCCCAGCCAAGUUUCAAGCAUCAUUAAGGAGGGCCGGCUUAAACUUCGACCUACCCGAUGCAAUCAAGGCUUUGGACAAAUUACCCUCGCGUUUCCAGAACCUGGAACGCACCUCUGACUGGUGCAAAGACUGGGAGCAGAGACUGAGAAUGACAAUCCAGUCUGUGAGCUCAGCCAGGAAAAACGGAGUGGCUUUUUACAGAUGAUUGUAGGA